ACGGGAGCCUACCGGAUAUGCAAACUUGACAGCAGUGGGAGGAGUGCUGCAAAGCCUUGAAUUUUGUCCUUGACGGUGUUCAGGAUAUGCAUCUUUAAAUCAGACAGAACAAAAUGACCAAUAUCUUUGGUUUUCCGAUUUUGGUGGCGAGUGUUUUUCUGAUUGUAGGGAUAGAUGGUCAGCUGAUGGAGCAACCUGAACAAGUUCAUCUGUCAGCCACAGGUGAUGUGACAGAAACGAUUGUCACUUGGAGCACUUUUAACGACGCCCCAUCAGUUGUCCAGUUUGGGAUGGUGCAGCCCAGUAACAAUGCCACAGGAUCCAGCACUAAGUUUGUUGAUGGUGGGUCACUACAUCGUGCACAGUUCAUUCAUCGUGUGACACUGACAGGUCUGGAACCAGGAAUCAAGUAUGUCUAUCGCUGUGGAAGUGAAGAAGGCUGGAGCCCUCUGUUUUUCUUCACUGCGCUUCGGGAUGGUAGCAACUGGAGCCCUCGCCUGGCCCUUUAUGGUGACAUGGGCAAUGUGAAUGCUCAGUCUCUGGGUCGCUUGCAAGUCGGAGCACAGGGAGGACAGUAUGAUGCCAUCUUGCACGUUGGGGACUUUGCUUACAACUUUGAUGACAAUGACGGCAAAGUGGGAGAUGAGUUUAUGCGCCAGAUUGAGUCGGUUGCAGCCUAUGUGCCUUACAUGACGACAGUUGGUAACCAUGAAAAUGCUUAUAAUUUUUCCCACUACAAGAAUCGGUUCACCAUGCCAUCCUAUGAAGCCAACCAGAAUCUGUGGUAUAGCUGGAAUAUUGGACCAGUUCACUUUGUGAUGUUUUCAACUGAGGUGUAUUUCUUCACAGAAGAUUCUAAGCAGACAAAGGUCAACCAGUUGAAAUGGCUGGAGGAAGAUCUCAAGGAAGCAAGCGAUCCAAAGAACAGAACCCAACACCCCUGGAUCAUAACUCUGGGACACAGGCCAAUGUAUUGUGCAGACCUUGAUGGUGAUGACUGUACCAAAAAGGGUAGCCUUGUUCGAGCGGCUUUGGAGGAUUUAUUCUAUAAGUAUGGUGUUGAUAUGGAGAUCUGGGCUCAUGAGCAUAACUAUGAGAGACUGUGGCCAGUCUAUCAUGAAAAGGUUUACAAUGGCAGUACAGAGGCACCGUACACAAAUCCUAAGGCACCUGUGCACAUUACCACUGGGUCAGGGGGGUGCCAGGAGCAUCACGAUCUCUUCUCCCCUCCCCGGCCAUGGGAUGCUUUCCGCGCCCUUGACUACGGUUUCACAUUGAUGCAUGUGAUCAAUGGAACCCACCUGACCUGGCAACAAAUCUCAGAUGACAAGCAAGGGAAAGUGAUCGACCAAGUGCUGCUCAUCAAAGACAAGCAUGGCCCGGAAGCCUGGCUGUAGUCAUUCCAAUGACCGUAAAUUGGCAGCUGUGCCGGCUACGUAGAGAGCAGUUUCGCUGUUUGUUUUCAUUUGUCCAGCCAUUCACUUCAAUUCUAUCCAUGUUACUGAGAGUAGAUAAAUAUUUAAUCAAUCUGAAUGUCAUAUUGUGCUCCACGUACAUGUGCACCUGCUGCUUGAAUAUGUACAAUGUACUUCCAAAGCGACCUCUUGAUCAAACAUUUUACUGUUAUUCUAUUAUUCACAUUCAAAACCAUACUUGAUGCCAUUACUACCUUUUGAAUCCUACACUUUACUAUAUCAAUGGACUGCUGAAAUAAGCUUUGAAAAUUUGCCUUUUUUGCCAAACUGCUUAUUAUAAUAGCAUUUCAAAAUAUGGUAUAUGAUAUUUUGUGAUUAUUUCUUAAUCAAAUUAAUUACACUUACUAUAUAAAUUUAGAAUUUCUUAUUUACGUACAAGACAAUUUUGAAAAAAUAUAAAACAUACAGGUAUUUUAUUUGACAUCUCAAGGCUAAUUCAAUGGAAUUCUAAUUAAUUUCUCAAGAGCUUUGUAUUACUUUAAAAUAUAUCAAAUGUUUGAAGAAUACUGUUGAAAAAAUCUUUGUAUUUUUACAACACCAGAAACUCUGGUAGAUGCAAAGUGAAGCUGGUUUUAUAUAGAACUUGGUUCUAUUUUCCAUUUUGUUUUGCUCAAGUCUAAAACUGAAUUCAAACACACUAUUAUAGAAACAAAACACUGUUUCCAGUUUACUUGUUUGGACACUUGUGUAAAAUAGAGACUUGUAUCCCUCAGCCACAUGUAUUUCUUUAAAUGGCUGUUAGAUUUUGAAAAAGCACCAUAUGACAAUAGAGUGGGAAUAUCAUAUUUCCAGAUGCCCUACCAAAGCAGCAUCAACAGUUUUGUCAGAAGAGUACAGUCUCAAGUGUAAUUUGUCACUUAUGUGCCUUUUCAAAUCCAAUCUAUGACAGCCUACUAACACACAAAGUAUAUCUUGUGGUUUAUGCACAUAAACCCACUAUGGAAAUUCCAUUGCAAAAGUAGCUGUCUGUGCUGUGCAUAACACCAAAUACUUGUACCAAUUUCAAACAUCAUGAAACGUUGGAAUCUAAAGACGAAUGAAUAUUCCAUUCUAGUCAUGGCAAGGUUGCAGUCCAGUGCAUAUCCGUGAAUAUGGGCACCAUUGUGUUUAAAAAUAAAAGCAUAGUACAGUGCUUUGCCACUGAGUCAGUACAAAGCAAUGAUAGUUAUACUAAACCACAAGUACAUACAUGUAUGAAUAAACUCCCUGAGGACAAGUUUAAACA